GGAGAUGUGAUGUUAAUCUACUUGUCUAGUUUCAUAUAAACUCAUUCAUAUAAAUUUGUCAGUACCAGUAGUCGGUUUCUACUAUUUCUUUUAAUCAAUUAAUAUUACAUUAACCUUUGUCAAUGUUUGAAAAUGAGAAUCUUGGUGUGUUACCACAGCAAUGCAUGGUUUUAUUUCGUGCAUUCAUAAUCCGACCAAUAUCUGGAUUACUACGUAAGAGUGGAAGUACUUGCGUGAUUUAAUUGAUUUUUCUGGUAGGCGUAUGGAGGGAUUAAAGAUUCGGAGGACAUCUAUAAUCUGAGUAAUGAACCAAGCCUUCACUAUAAGAUAAGAUACAUUUCCAACUAAAGCUCAGUUUCAGUAUCUAAAGUAUCACUGACUUUACUUAAUUCACUUAUUUAUACGUGUGGAGUAUUCAUCUUAUUUGAGGAAAAUAGAUCGAACACAAUAUGAGACAGUUUGUCGUGUUGGUUCUGACUGUUUUCGGAAUGGACGUUGUAUGUGUAUCAGGAAAGUCCUUCCACUAUUUGGAAAGUGCCCAAAAGUUCGGACAAGACAACCUGUGCAAGACUUAUGAUCAGAGACAGAUGCUCCAGAGGGCAAUACUUGGCAAGGUCUGUUCAUCAUCUGACACAGGAAUUAUAAAUGAUGACUUCAUAAUGUACGUAGUCCACACUCUAUGCAAAGAUACAGGUGGCUGGCUCGCUGAUUGGGUGCUCAAACACGUUGAUAUGGAUGGCGAUGGACGGGUAUCCCAUUUUGAGGAAAAUAUGUUCUACAAUGACUACGAGCUGUCACCAAACUAGGAACAAUAUUAUUGUACUAUUGAACACAUCCGGUUUUGUUUGAAUAGCUUUCGGAUUGCUGGUAAAUCCGUUCUGUAUUUCCAACCUUUAUGGGACACUUCUGGUGAUUUGCCAGGGUUGUGGAUUGCUGGUCAAUCUGUUAUGUAUUUCCAACCUCUAUGGGACACUUUUGGUGAUUUGCCAGAAUUGUGGAUUGCUGGUCAAUUCGUUUUGUAUUUCCAACCUUUAUGGGACACUUCUGGUGAAUUGCCGGGGUUGUGGAUUGCUGGUCAAUCCGAUUUGUAUUUUCAAACUUUAUGGGACAUUUCUGGUGAACGACCAUGGUUGUGGAUUGCUUCUCAAUCCGUUCUGUACUCUCAGCCAUUUAAACUCUUAUGUUUAAUUUGUAGAUUGGCUUUUAUGACCACCAAUGAACUUUCUAUAUGUAAUAUGUCUUGCUAUUUGUGUCAUUCAUUUUCAUUUUACUCUCGUUUUAAUGAAUAGUUAUUUAUUGUGUAUGACUACUUUAAAUGUAUCUUAACUGUUUAUUCUGUUCGUUUUAUUUCUGCAGUAAAAGAGUUGAUUAUUUACUACAAUCUGUAAGACUAUAUAUGAAUACAACGAAGGGAAAUAAUUUUAAACUUUUGUUCCUCUUCAAUUGAGUAGUAUAUAACUUGUGGUUUUCUAAUGUGUAAGUUAAUGACAGAAACAAGAUAUAUUGAUCUAUUUCGCAGCUCGUAUUUUAGUUUUUUAUUAUAACUGAAAUCGGUCAUGCAUUAGGCUUUCGGUAUUUUUGUAUUGUAUCUAUAUGUUUUUGGUGUUAAGACUAUAAUAAAUGUAUUUAUAAACAA